AUGCGCAGGCAGCGCUGGAGCUGCCUCUGCCCGCAGCCAAGAGCUUAUCUGUGCACGCAAGGCCAGCCUCAUGGACUCUCGUCAGAAGCUGGCAGAGCUCCGGUCCGCUUCUCGUCUUACCAUCCCUGCCAACUCGCUCCCGAGAAACGGCUCUCUGCUCACACCGGGUACAAUCUCACCGGCGUCCGUCUCACCUCUCGCUGGCACCUCUCGUUCUUGGUCUCACCACAGCUCCCCGCCAUCCAUCCUAACACGUUCUCAGCCACCGACACCCCUGGAGUCCCCUCAGGUCUCGUCCAGCUAUGUCUCCCUCACGGGCACCCCGCGGCGCCUUCUGAUGCCGACCAGCGGACAGAGCGUGCGCCCACGCCAAAUGCACCAGACUGGAUUGGUGGUGGCUGUAGGUUCGAGGUCGUGGAGGACCAGAUAGAACUCGAGGGGUACCAAAUAUAUGCGGUCGAGAAGUGUCCCCAAUCGUCGCUGAGUCCUGUUGACGCUUAUGUCGAAUGGGACAAGGCUACGCGCAUCCUCCGCACCGACGGAGCGCGUCCGAAGGAGACCAGCAAAGGCACCCUGUUCGUGACUUCCCUCGCCAACUUCCGCUCUGACUACACCAUCGUACACAUACCCAACGGUAACUUCCUUGACAUCCGGGAACAGCUGUAUACCAACAUCAACCUCCUCAGAAUGGGAUGCAGUGGACGGAGUGCUCUUACCUUAGAAGAACCUAGUGAUACCACGAAAGACCGCUUUGUGCUCAUGUAUGAAAUCCCUGACAAGGCGCUCUCAAAGUCUGGGUCGUUCUUCAAUGCCACCGUACUGGAGCUUGUCAAGCUGAUUCAGGCCGCACUUGCGAUAUUCGACAUGUUUGACCUGUCCCCUGAAGAGAGAAAUGGUCUUCUGUGCGAUGUGACCUCUGAGGGCAUCAAGCGUUGGGUCACUGAGGUAGGAGAGCAAUGCAUGAAGGUCGAGCACAUGGAAAGGGUCGCCGACCCAACCGUAGUGGCCGCCCUUCUGAGUCUCAUACUCACGGUCAGAAAUAAACUGCAUGCCCUCGGUUAUUACGUCCCCAAGGACCCAUUCCUCGACCCUCAAGGCUUCACGCGCGCCCUCGCGGCCUACCACGCCGCCAAACCGCACGGACACGCGCACGCGCACCACCUCGUCCAUGGGCACCCCCCGCGCGGGUCGUCGCCCCCCGGGUCCCGCACGAGCCCCACCCUCGUCGCUAGCUCCGGCCCCGCCGCGCCGUCGCCGUCGCCCAACCCCUCACCCAUUCCGACCGUCGCGUGCCUCUCGCACGCGCUCGUGGAGGCGAUCCACUCCGCGUACGAGAAGAAGGCGCGCCAGAACGAGUCGUACAAGGUGCACCGCGUGCUGAAGAGCAAGCUCGACGACCUCGCGUCCGACCUGCGCACCGGCACGGACAGCGGCGGCGGCGGCGAUGGCUCCAGCGCAAGCGGGGUGGUCCCGACAGCGGACAUGGCAACGUUCGUGAAGGUCGUCGUCGGCAGCUCGAAGGACGCGCCGCACAGCCUGCGGUACCUCUGGACGGGCCGACCCGAGGAGGUCGGACGCAAGCGGCGGGAGAAGGAGGCGGUGUGGAGCGACGCGGAGCGCGAGGAACGCGAGAAGGACGGCGAGCGGGACGGUGUGAAGGACGCGCGGGACGAGCGCGAUAAGGAGAUGCGGUCGUCUGGCGACGAGAGCGAGGCGAAGCCCUGGCCUGGGCGGGUGCAGCGCAAGAUCGAGAGCUGGGCGGCGCUGGGACGCACGAAGAAGCUGAGCGUCGACUUUGGAGUGUUGGGCAAGUCCAUCAUGGAGUCUCCCAAUCGCGGAGGACCCUCCGAGCAGUCCGGGCUAUCGUCAACCGUUCCGUCUGUUAGGGUCACUGGCGAAACCGAGGAGCCCUUGAGCAGCGGCCAAGUCUCGCCAACUUACGACUCAUCCAGAAAUCUCCCGCUCGGCAUUGGAUCAUCUACACCUGCGCUGCGCUCGGAGAGCGAGUUGCUGGAGUACGACAGGCGCAUCUUUGAGUUCAACAAGAAGCGUCCCCUAACCAGACCGCACAUACAGUCUCGCGUUAUCAGCUGGUCCGAUCCCGUCAGCGCCAAGGAGCUGGUGGACGAUGAAGACGCGAAGGACGAGGCCCAAGCAGUGACCUUGCAAGUGCCUCAGCUCGAAGCAGACGACGAGGCCGCUAGUGUGACGAGUGACACCGAGAUGGAGGGUAGGCAGCGCAGAAGGACACUGACGCUCCGGCCCCGACGUUGUCGCAGCUUCGACGCCGCCGCCGACUUCCGGGGUGUGCGCGUCCUCCCCACCGAGCGCUUGCGCAUCGACGUCGACCUGUGCGGCCAGCUGCUCGUCAUGCGCCGGCGCGAGCAGCACCUCGCGAACGUCGUCGCGUGCCUCUCCGCGCUCACCGCGCGCAUCUCGCACACGAACACGCGCCUGCGCGCGGACCACGAGGGCGCGCGGCCGGCGCUCGACGACCUGCGCGAGCGCGCGCGGGUGCUGCAGGACGUCGAGGCCGCGCGCACGCGGGCGGACGGGCUCACGCAGGAGACGCACGCGCUGGCGUACGAGUCCGCGCAGUUCCUCGUCGAGGACCUGUGGCACAUGGCCGCGCAGCCGCGCCGGCGCGUGCUCGCGAUGCGCGAGAAGGCGUUUGGGACCGGGCGGCGGCACCCGCAGGGCGUGCGCGGUGCGGAUGGGCGGGUGACGCGCGUGCAGUGGACGCUGGACGGGCGGGAGCGCCUCGUCGACGCGCUGGGCCGGACGGAGAGCGAGGCGGAGGAAGAGGAGGGGCUCCUUGGUGCAGAAGACCUCGGUCUCGAGGACGACGGGGGGGAAGUGGACGCAGUGGAGAACCAGUCGCUGCGCCCGACGUGGCUGCUUAAGUUCUUCAACUACUGGGGCAGCAAGUGGAAGGGGACGGAUAGGCCGAAGGCUCCAACCAAGGUGACUGAGAGCGAUAGGGAGGAUUCUCCUGCGAGCGGCUCCAGCACUUCCCUGCCACCAUUGCCUGAACCACUGCAGGCGAGGCCAUCAGCGAGACAAAUUAUAACGGCAUGA